GUGCUUUUAACCGUGUUCAGGCCGCAGUCUAUGGUUAGAGAUAUGGUUAAGGAGAGCAAAAAUGCCGUGGUAACAGGUCAAAAAUCACCACGAUUAGGUGUAUUUUGUAAGACGCUUUCUAAGACUUUUUGGCACAUUUGGCGUUGCAUGUAUGCUCCAUGAUACGUACGUACUCGACACACACCUCGGUAUCAUUCAUAACAUCACGAAGACUAAGCUGAAAUAGACAACAAUCUCGCCAUGGCCAGUGAACCGGUGAGCGUGGUAUUCAAGCUGUACUGCUUGACAGUGAUGACUCUGGUAGCAGCUACGUACACUGUGGCUUUGCGGUACACAAGGACCGUUUCGUCGGAUCUUUACUUCUCCACAACAGCAGUCUGUUGUACAGAAAUCAUCAAAUUGUUUCUGAGUCUUGGUAUGCUGGCUAAGGAAACGGGUAGCCUUGGCAGGUUGAAGUCCUCAGUCAUUGACAAUGUGAUCCGGAGUCCGAUCGAGCUGCUGAAAUUGAGCGUUCCCUCUUUGGUGUACGCCGUGCAGAACAACAUGGCCUUCGUUGCUCUAAGCAACCUUGAUGCGGCUGUGUAUCAGGUGACGUACCAGCUGAAGAUCCCCUGCACGGCCCUGUGCACGGUGCUGAUGCUGAACCGCUCCCUCAGUCGGCUGCAGUGGUUCUCCGUCUUCAUGCUGUGUGGGGGAGUCACGCUCGUGCAGUGGAACCCAGCCGAGGCCACCAAGGUCCAGGUGGAGCAGAACCCGUUCCUGGGUUUCAUGGCUAUCGCUGUAGCUGUCCUCUGCUCUGGAUUUGCAGGAGUGUACUUUGAGAAGGUGCUGAAGAGUUCAGACACCUCACUGUGGGUGAGAAACAUCCAGAUGUACCUGUCUGGCAUCUUGGUGACCCUGGUGGGCGUGUUCCUGACAGAUGGGGCCGAAGUGAUUGAGAAGGGCUUCUUCUUUGGAUACACGGCGUGGGUGUGGUUUGUCGUCCUGAUGGCCAGCGUCGGGGGGCUCUACACGUCCGUGGUGGUGAAGUACACCGACAACAUCAUGAAGGGCUUCUCUGCCGCAGCGGCCAUCGUCCUCUCCACGGUGGCUUCCGUCACUCUGUUCGGGCUGCAGAUCAGUGCCACGUUCGCCAGCGGGGCCAUGCUGGUGUGCGUCUCCAUCUACCUGUACGGGCUGCCCAAACAGGACACCAGCAAGGUGACCAAAGCCGAUCUGGACAAGGACGCCAAAAGCAAGCUCAUCACGGUCUGAGACCCGGGCGCAGAGCGGACUUUCCGCACAUUUCUCAGCCUCCGUGAGAGGGACGCCCACCUCACCGCUGCCUGCCCACACAGGCGCCCACACACUAUAUGUACAAUACAGCCCAGCCAUCACUACCCACAGUGCCCUUGGCGGAGAGCAGUGAGGACUGUUUUUAAGGAUGCGCUGCUUGUCCUUUUUAAUAAUAGUUUUUUUAAAUGUGUACUUGCUUCUAUUUUUAUUUUCUUCCCCCUCUGUGGCGUCAUAUUCUUUUUCACUUAAUUGUAAAUUUAGAAAUAUGGCGACUUCUAAAUGGUCUUUUACGCACUCUCAUCAGCAAAUUAAACUGGAAUAGUAUUUUUAAUUGAGGAAUGUUCCAAGAUGCCGAAGCAAGCAUUUUUGGUGCGUUCUUUUAGUUUUCCUGGAGAUUAUUUUAAUUGGUGAUUAAUCGGUAUGCCACCAUUUCUUUCUGUGGAUGAAAUGGUUGCUACGGACCACUGGACAGCAACUGACCUUCGGCUCUUGACUACAGAGGUGAAAUUAUGCACAUAAGCAGACAAUGAGAAGCUACUGAGCCACAGCCUGGAGCACAGGGUGCAUGCACUGUUUGUUUUUUUUUGUAUUAAACAUGAGGCCAAUGAAAAACAUUCAUUAAGGAUGGGCUUCUUGUUUUACCUGUGGUCAUAUGUAAAAAUGUUUAUGGCUUCAGGCUCUUAUCAAUGUAAACUAUUAACAUUUUCUAUAAGCCAUUGUUGGAUCACCUAACUGUCAUCAGUGGAUGUUGUGUAGUUACCAAAUGCAUUUGGUGCUUUUGACAAAUAGGUGUUUUCUAUAAGCCAAUGCUGGAUUGUCCAAACUGUUGGCAGUCAAUGUUGCCUAUUCACCAAAUGGAUAUGGUGCAUUUGACAAAUAGCCUAAUGGCAGAUUUUUGUGAUGGUAUAAUAAGGCUGAUUCUAUAAGCUCAGUUAUGACGGUAAGACACUUUUCCCAAAAUGUGGAAAGUUUACUGCAACGGCAACAUUCAGUCUUGAUCAAAACAAAAUGGAAUCUUCUGGCCAGUCAUAUGUUUUGAUGAGUGUCCAAAGAUGGGCAUCUUGAAAGGUCAGUUAUAAUUGACGCCAAAGGGUAAGAACCAACUCCGCUGAACCCUGAGAAAGUCUCUCAUCCUCCUUCCUAUUCUGUAAAGCCCUUUGCCUGUAUGUCUGGAUAAUAGGUUCAGGAGGUUAAGCACUACUGAGUCUGGUUCCUCCUAAAAUCAUUUGAAAUGUUUAUUUGACAGAAAGGAUCAAAGAUCUUGAGGAUAUCAAAAGUCCUGUUUUAGUGCUUUGUGUUAAUGUUGAUACCUUGUUAUAUGACCAGGAUCAUGCUUAUUAGAUUAAACAACCACCUGAGGACCAUUGGAUAUGUAUUUUCAUUUGCUAAUCAGAUCAAAGUACCGGACACAUGGUACUAAUUUAUAUUUAUAUUGCCGGAUUAAAGCCUUGUACCUUCUGUUAA